UUAGGGAGUGGCUCUCCACAUUCCCUUUUCGUGAAGGGAGCGAUGAAAAAGAGAAGCGGAUUCUCAGCGGAAACAUUUACAAGAAGAUUACAAAGGACACGAAGAUGGAUGCAUCAGGCAGGUGGCAUAUUGGGCUUCGUGAAGACUUAUCGGAACAUUCGUUCAAAAUAGGGUUUUCUGAGGCAUCCAACGAACCCCUCGACGAGGGUCUGAAGAAAAAUGUGGAGCCCGCCUUGCGCCGACGCUCUACGCAAAGAGCCUACCUGCCGGUGAGCUUGUUUGUUAUGGCAUUUUUAUAGACGUGCAUUCUAAAUCGUCGCAUUCUCAAUAGGCGCCGCCCUGAAGCCCAUUCUUGCGUCUUUCUUGGGGCCUUUUCGGGUACAAGUUGGGUGUAGCUGUAGGAGGCUACCCGCGUAUAUCACCCAGGAGGGGGAUGAUAUACUUUACAAACUGGACUGGGUCAAGGCAGCCCCUUGUUCGGAGACCAAAGACAUGUAAUCAAAGAGUGUGAAUAGCGGUCGGACGGCUCUUUGAAAAUCGUGGCGGUUCAUUUGAUGAUCCCUAGGAAUUGCGGAGGAUAGGAUAGCGUGCAAAUACGCGAUUUGCAAGGCAUAGAUGGGUGUUGGAUGUUCCAGACUACUCUCUGACGGAGAAAACACGAUCGGGAAUGCCGCCUAUUGAACGUCGCUGCCACCCAAAACCGCAACUUAUGAUGAGCGACGGGAGGGAAAGGGUGUCAACAAGGACCUGAACGCUCCUUUGCACACAAGGAGCUCCUGGUUGGGCCUACCCCCCAAAACUGGAGGCCAAACUGCAAGCCUCAGCGUUCAUCGCAAAGCCUUGAUCAUCCCCGUUGCGGAAUUUAAGGCUUGAUGUGAUGACGUAACUGUAAAUACGACUAAGCCACUCGCUGCGAACAUUCCCACCCGCCAAGCGCCAACACGAACGCAUUGCCAUUUGCAUCACUUUUUCUUUCCAUCAACAGCAACUUGCAAGAUUAACGCGAUCUUAACGCUCGCUACCACCACACAACUCGCAAAACAAACAGCUUUUGGGAACCCUUUCAGUUUGCAUUCUUGGAAAUGGCCGCGGAACCAUCCAAAGCCAAGGGGGACGGCACGAUCAGCCCCAGGCGAGCUUCCCUUUCCUCUAAACCAAAACCGCUCCCACAGAAUGUUGACUUCACCGUGCACGUUAUGGAUAAUGGCGAUAAAGUAUCAACCAUCGAGCGUGUGAUAAAAGAUGUGACUGCUCCAGCUGUCUUCAAACCUACCGAUGAACAAUUCUGGUCAAAAAAGGACAAAUCGAAACCUGACAUUGAUUUUCUAAAAAAUCACUUUAUUCGCGAGGGCCGAUUGACCGAAGAACAGGCGUUGAGCAUUUUAUCACAGGGAACGGAAUUGUUGAAGAAGGAGCCUAAUCUUUUGGAGGUUGAUGCGCCCAUUACGGUCUGUGGUGACAUUCAUGGCCAAUACUACGAUUUGAUGAAGUUGUUUGAAGUUGGCGGGAAUCCAGCAGAUACACGCUACCUUUUCCUUGGAGAUUACGUUGACCGAGGAUACUUUUCAAUAGAAUGCUUUUUAUACCUUUUAUCUUUGAAGAUAUGGUACACAAACUCUAUUUUCAUGCUUCGCGGUAACCACGAAUGCCGGCAUUUGACGGAUUACUUUACGUUUAAGCUGGAAUGCAAGCACAAGUAUUCCGAGAAGGUAUAUGAAGCCUGCUUGGAGGCCUUCUGCGCGCUUCCACUCGCUGCCAUCAUGAACAAGCAGUUUCUCUGCAUCCAUGGGGGGUUGUCCCCCGAGUUGAACACUUUGGAUGACUUGCGUGGUGUCAACCGGUUCCGCGAACCACCAACACACGGAUUGAUGUGUGACCUGCUGUGGGCAGAUCCAUUGGAGGACUUUGGUCAGGAGCGCACCAACGAGUUCUUUGUGCACAAUGGCGUUCGUGGGUGUUCAUAUUUCUUCAGUUAUCAUGCGGCAUGCGCUUUCUUGGAAAGAAAUAACCUCCUUUCAAUUAUUCGAGCACAUGAAGCACAAGAUGCUGGAUACCGCAUGUAUCGAAAAACACGCACGACUGGGUUCCCUUCCGUUAUCACCAUCUUCUCUGCCCCCAACUACCUCGACGUCUACAACAACAAAGCUGCCGUCUUGAAAUACGAGAAUAAUGUGAUGAACAUCCGACAAUUCAACUGUACCCCACAUCCGUACUGGUUACCAAACUUUAUGGAUGUCUUUUCAUGGUCGCUGCCAUUUGUUGGUGAAAAGAUUACGGAUAUGCUACUCUCUAUUCUUAAUAUCUGCAGUAAAGAGGAACUGGAGGAGGCCAAACUCCAAGUACCGGAGGCCGAUGAGCCCACAGAACAGGAGGCAAGACGACAGGUGAUCAAGAACAAGAUAAGGGCCGUGGGGCGUAUGUCCCGAACAUUCCAAGUGUUGAGACAAGAAAGCGAGAGUAUCAUGGAGUUGAAGAAUGUGAUGGGCACAGAGACGCUUCCUCCGGGCACACUAGCCCUAGGCGCAGAAGGAAUAAAAAAGGCCAUCUCGACCUUUGACGAAGCUCGUAGUGCCGAUAUUGACAAUGAGAGACUGCCACCCCUGAAAGAUGGACAAAAAGCUCCUACUCCAGCCGCUCCCAUCUUUGGCGCACCCGUAUCUCAACCUGGCCCACAGCGUCCGGCCAUACCAAGGAGGACACCCUCACUGAAAACCCCACAGGGAAUCAUCAAUCCACAGCCUGGUGAUGCCAGUCUUCCAAGCGAGCCGAAAAAGUAGACUCGCAAAAGCCACAUUCCCAAAGUUGAUGAAUAUGCCAGCCAGUAAGGGACGAGCACUGAUGCCGAUCAAACAAAGAGAGCGGCUCUUGGUCAAUCGACCUAUCACAUUAUGGAUAUCCUGAUCUGUCGCAACCGUAAGAAUGCUUGGAAAUUGUAUGUUUCUUUUCAACUUUAAAUGUGACCGAGUAUUGUCUAUACCGUUUGUGAGGAUAUCAAUCUAUAUGUACAUGGAUCAUAUUUCACUCUUCUAUUGGGAAAGCUAGACAAAAUUUGUCCUUGUCCAAGAGUGACAUUGACUUUCCGUCUGGAUUCCACUCAAAACUCAACACUUGGAAAUUGACUGAAAACACGAG